CGGCGAGGCAUCCAGUGAGAGCCGAGCGGUGCGGUACGGCGGAACGGCUGGCGCGAGACGAGCGAAGUGCGUGAGUGCGUGCGAGCGCGGCGUUAGUGCGUGUGUGUGUGAGUGAGUGUGUGUGUGCGUGUCACACACCGCUGUGUCCCACCAAGUGCUCCAUACGGAUACACCAUGGCGUUCGAAGAGGAGAGCGAUUUUAACAUGAGCGAUUCGAUGCAUGGCGACGACAGGCAGGACCAGAAGAACACCAACGGCCACCCUGCCCACUCCAGCUCCACCGAGUCCCCGGCGCCCCGCGGUGCCCCCGCAGGUCGGCACAACGGCAUGGCCCCUCCCCCGCACGGCCCGCACCACCGAAGGGACCGGAGGGAUGCCGGGCGUCGCCAGGACGAGGACGCCGCGCUGGAGGAUGGCGACGAGGACUACGACCACCGCGGCUGGAGUCGCUCCUCCUCCAAAAUCAUCGUGGGCAACGUUCCCAACAGUGUCCACCCCCCGGACCUGGAAGGACUGCUCAGUCAGUUCGGCACCAUCCAGAGCAUCGAGAAGAUCAACACCAGGGAUGGCGCAACCCAGACCGUGGCCGUGAUCUUCGAGGCCCCAGAGUUCGCCCAACAGGCAUGCCAGGAACUGAAUGGCUACGAAUAUGAAGGCAGUUUCUUAAAAGUUGAGAUGGCCUCAGAACGCCGUAACAGGAACAGGGCUGCUCGAGGCCCAGGUGGAAUGGCAUUCCAGGGACCCCCUGGGGCGUCUCGUCAAACAGACUUCCCUCUCAGAAUUCUUGUCCAGAGUGAUAUGGUUGGUGCGAUUAUUGGUCGUCAAGGUACCACAAUCAGACAGAUUACUCAGCAGACAAGAGCGAGAGUUGAUGUUCACCGCAAGGACAAUGUUGGUUCACUUGAAAAGGCUAUCACAAUUUAUGGUAACCCUGAAAAUUGUACCAAUGCUUGCAAAAAGAUCCUUGAAGUUAUGCAACAGGAAGCAACAAAUACCAACAAGGGAGAAAUCACCUUGAAGGUUCUAGCACAUAACAAUCUUAUAGGCCGAAUUAUUGGUAAAGGAGGCAACACAAUCAAACGCAUAAUGCAAGAAACCGACACAAAAAUUACUGUAUCCAGUAUUAAUGAUGUAAGCAGUUUUAACAUGGAACGGAUAAUCACAGUGAAGGGAUCUAUUGAGAACAUGUCCCGUGCCGAAUCAAUGGUCAGUUCCAAGCUGAGACAGAGCUACGAAAACGACCUUCAGGCUAUGGCUCCUCAGAGUAUGAUGUUCCCUGGUCUUCAUCCCAUGGCUAUGAUGUCAACCUCCAAUAUGAACUACUCAUCACGGGGUAGCGGUGGAUUCCCUGGCACACCUUACGGAUCUGGCCCUGCUAGCUACCAGGGAAUGUACCCUCCCGGUGGUGCUAUUCCUCCGACGGGCGGUCCCCCUGGUAUUCCUGGUGGACCCAAUGAUGCUCAGGAGACUACCUUCUUAUACAUCCCUAACAAUGCAGUAGGAGCAAUCAUUGGCACCAAAGGUACCCACAUCAGAAAUAUUAUUCGAUUCUCUGGAGCGUCAGUCAAGAUUGCCCCAAUUGAAAAUGACAAACAGCCCCCACCUCCACCACCACCAACACAACAGAACCCAGGCGAGCCACAGCCUCCUGUUGCUGAACGUAAAGUCACAAUUAUUGGCACACCAGAGUCCCAGUGGAAGGCACAGUACCUUAUCUUUGAAAAGAUGAGAGAAGAGGGCUAUGUAGCUGGAACUGAAGAUGUGCGCCUCACAGUUGAGAUCCUGGUCCCAUCUGGCCAGGUUGGUCGCAUCAUUGGCAAGGGUGGCCAGAACGUUCGGGAGCUCCAGCGUGUCACUGGCUCCAUUAUCAAACUGCCAGAACAAGGAUCUCUUCCUCAAGAGGAAAUUGAAACCACAGUCCACAUUAUUGGACCAUUCUUCUCAGUGCAGUCGGCGCAGCGCCGCAUUCGUGCCAUGGUGCAGACCGUUGCCCCUCCCGCACCCACCGGUGGCCGGCCACCCCGAGGAGGCGGCGGCGGCGGCAGCCACAGAGGAAAUAACGACCAGCAGUAGCCCCGUGCCGCGCUGUGCCGCGCCGCGAGCCCCGCGCCCCUGCGCCCCCGUGCCCCCGGCCCACCGCGCCGGGCGGGGCCAGCGGGGCCUCCCCGCGGCGCGCCACGUCGGACGCCGCUCUCUGACAGAAGCUAAACCUACUAAGUGACAACGUAUUACCUCAGCAAGCCACCACCAUACCAAAGAUGUGAUACUGUGUCCUGUGUGGCCGGGUGGGAAGAGCCACCGGCUUGACUUGCGACGAUUUAAGUUUCUCUUUGUUGGUUUGUAAUUUUUUUUAUUUAUAAUUUUCUUUAAUGAAUUUGAAGACACUUAAAAGGGAGUGAACGUCGCGGAUGGAGCCGCUAGUGGUUGGUGAAUCUAGUAUCUGUGGAGAGAUGCGGAAAGGACGGCUGAUUUGAGGGCGUAGUGGACAAAUAAAAGAAGCUGUGGCCCAAAGAGUCUCAAGCUCGAGAAUAAUGUGCCAAAAUGGGGUUAGAGUAAUUAGGAGAAAGGAGCUGUAUACAGGGUUGGUUGCUGAAGGAGCAACAGACAGCUGGUGAUUGUUCCUGAUGGGGGCAUCUUGUACCUUGAUCGGAGAGUGGUUGCAUCAUUUGAUAUGGCAGAAUUUCAUAAGAUGAUUGGAACUGAAAAAUCGGGCACAGGGUGCGUGCCGUCAGCCUGAGUAGUUUAGUUAGUGAUAAGCUGGUGCACGCUACAUCCUUCUGGAAUUCUGCCUUUGAAAUGAAGUGUCUAAUCCCAGUCUCCCUUCAAGCCUGGCAUGGCUUGGCCUUGUAUUUGUCGACUAUGCCUAGUUAAUAUAUUUUGACUUUGGCUUUGUAAAUGCAGUAAGGUAAUCAUACUGUGUCAUGGUUACCCUCUGCUGUUGAGUGAAACUUGUAGAAGGAGUAAGUACCACCGAACGUUCAAAUGUUCAGUCAUAAAGUGCGUUCUAAGAGAUUUUAAAAUAAAGUGUAUAAUGUGUCUCAGGGUACAAUGAGGCUGAAGGAGGUGAUUGAGUCGUUUAGUUAGUACAAAAACUUAAGAUAUUUUAAAAAUAUUGACAAUUUUUUUAGAGAAAUCGAAAAGGGAUUGCUUUGUUUCUAAUAAUGUAGCAUUCUCUUUUCUGUAUGUAAAGUUAUACGGAAAGAAGUUUAUUUUUGAUACUUUGUUGGAGAAAAUUUUUUUUUUGUUAGAUUUUUUUUUAAUAUAUUACAAAAAAGGUUACAUAAAAUUUUAAUGGCACAUAGCGUUUUUGGCUAUGUGGAAAAAUGGAGAAAUGACUUAACUCACACAUAGGAUCAAAACAGGUAAAGCCGAGCUAGUUGGAGUUUUUGGUCAUUGGCCAUUCAAGGAAAACCAUAUCAGUAGUUCAAAGCCAGCCGGCCCAAACCAAACGCUAUAGCCUUUGAAUUGGAUCACAUUUCUUUCAGUUCUUAGAAUUUUCUUUUUGUGUUUUACUUAACUUGAGAACUGCUGAAUCAUUUCAUUGUUUCCUAAAGCAAUUCCAGAGAUUGCUUUCCAAAACAAUAAUUUGAAGCAUUUCAGACAAAUUUGAGAGGUGGUGAGUCUCUUGUUUGUUUUCAAAUGUUCAAACCCUCCAAAGCAAAAGAUGCUAAGUUUUUUGAAAGCUCACAUGCAACGCACGCUGAGAGAAAAGUGCAUGAAGUCUUACUGUCGCAAAUCAGAUUUAGACUGAUGAUGCAAACCUAGGUGGAUACUAAACCAUACUACAGAUAUUUACCUGGAUACAUGUAUAUUAAUUAUUGUGUCUCACAAGGAAAAUGUCCAUGAUAGAAUCACUCUCAUUUGAAACCAGCCCGCGGCAAACUUGUAAAUUGCCUGCGAUAAUUACCGACCAAUGACUUAUCCCACUCAGUAUCACCCUCACUGCUCCUCUAAACGGGUGUGGCGUUUCCUGAAACAGAAGCCUGGUUGAUUCUAGUUCCAAUGUUUAUGAAUGUUGUUUUCAGAUGAUAUCGUUUAUUCAUGAAUGAGAGCAUAUUUUGUUGUUAUUGCUGUGUACACUAAAGCAUAAUUAGAUGAAAUAUUGUAUUUUUUAUGCAUAAGUGUGCGAGUGAGUGUGAUGUGUGUAUUUCUCAGGACAACUGUUGAUUAUGCCGUUAAGUUAUUCCUGGGGAGUAAGUGGUCCCAUGGUACUCUUCUCCCUUCCGUUAUCUUCUGUUUGUAUUCAGGAAACGCUAAAGUUUUGCCGAAAUGAAAUUAAUGAAUUACAAUGUUAUAGUAUUAUUGAGCUUGAGGAAUAUCUGAGUGGGAUGCAAUGAUGCGCUCGAGCGCACUUUUACCCCCUCUAUAAAUACAACAGCUUCUGUCUUAGAAUAUGCUAAGAAAUCUUUAGGCCGACCUCGGCCGGCCGGAGCAAAGUUAAGGGUGCAGGGCAUAAUUUCAUUAUGUCUUCAACACACUACCUCAUAAUAAAAUAAUUCUUCUUUUAUCUGAAGGAAACAUGCAAAUCUGAAAAAAAUACAAAAAUACAAAAAAAUAUGUAAUAGUUUAUAUAUUAUCAAGGACAGCAGAGCAUAGUACAUUGUAACACAUGACCCAUAAAAUGAAACGGCUCGGAAAGUGUUAAUCCAUAGCAGGAACGGUUUUACUAUUGUGGAUUGGAUAAUACCUACCUACAUUGAAUUGCAGUGCAUUUUUUUGUUGUUUCAUGUAGAUUUGUGUCAAUGUGGAGCUUGCAAGAAAGCCUAUAAUCACUCCUUAUCUUUGAUGUUGUAGAUUUUUGAUGCCCACUGCAUGUGUGUACCUUAGAAAUGUUUGACAUUAUUUCUGAAAUUUCUAACUGUAGAGGUUCAUUCAGAGGUUCUGUAGUGCAGAGUACCUCUCUGCUGCCCAUUUUUCUGCCUUUCCUUCAUUUUUAUCAUCAGAUUGUAUUUUUGAGUUGCUAUGCAAAUCCUACAGGAUGGUUGGUAUCAUAACAGACUCAUCCCAAAUGAUGGAUAAUUGUUAAACUGAUCAACUUUUUUAAUCGUCUAGAAUGAACUUAUUGGCUUGCAUUAAAAAGCAUUUGCAUUUCUGAUUCUAUUGAUCUUUCCUGUUAUGAUGCUAAUCAUUCGAUUUUACCAAGGUAGUAAUUAAUAUUGUAUUUCAAGCAAAACAUAUAGUAUAAAUAGAUGUUGCCCAUUGUUGGUUCUCAACUGUAAAAAAUACUUUGCCUAGUGAUUUUUUCUGGGUUCUGUUAAGCAUAUAACUUUAACUACGUUAGAUUUUGGAGUUUUUAACUUAACUGCAUCAGCAACAAAACUACUUCAGAAGUGAUGAGUUAGUUAACCCAUGUUAGAGCAGUAAGUACAGCCCUCAGUGUUCUCAACAUGUCAGGCUGGAUAAAUGGUAAUUUUCUUUUUGUUUUGAAAAGACUGCUGAAAUAGGGCUUCUUUUAUAUUUUCUUUCUUGGAUGUGCACAAAUUUGUGAAACUUUAAAAUGUAAGUAAAUUAGAAACAUUUGGUGUGCAGGGCCUGCAGGAGAAUUUUAAAAUCAGUGUUUGAUUUCUGAUUGUAAAUCAAUUUGUAUCAUUCCUGUUUUUUGCUUUAAUCAUGUAGAAUAUUUGGAUUGGCAAAGCUUAAUGAAAUGACUUUGCUUUCAUUAUACAUAUAUAAAAGGAGCAUAUAAUCAAUUGCUUAGAUUUGGUGUAUAGUCUUAACUUGGAACGCUUUCCGAUAGUAUGCGCCAUUUUUCUCCUGCAGAGCCGCUAAAAUUUGAUUUGCUAUCAAGAUAUAUCUUCCUCUUUUUUUUGUGUAUGUCCUCUCUCUCAGGUAGUUAAAUGAUACCUCAUAUUACACAGCAUUCGAGCAGUUGGCACGGCUCCACAACACAGUGCGCCUAGGCUAAGCGAGGCUGGCCAGACAGUUCAAUCAUAACAGUUCAUUUAACUUGUAUAAUAUGAUGGUCCAUCAAACAGCAUGCGUUCUCCUUUUUCUACCAUGAGAAAUAAAUUAUUCUAGUUAAUGAA